AUGAUCGCUUCGACGAGCGCCCGCUCAACUGGCCGCCUGCUAUCGCGCUCCAGCGCUGCCUCGGUCUGCCAGUCAUCCUCGCAGUCGCUGCGGUCCUUCGCUUCGUCGUCAAAACUCAGACUCGACUCGCCACCGUUCUCUUCACCCUCUGGACCAACACAAACCAGCAACUCGUCAGUGCAUGCAUCCGAGAUCGAGCACUUCAGCCGGCUGUCGUCCAAAUGGUGGGAUGAGCAUGGCGAGUUCGGUCUGCUGCAUGCGAUGAACCCUGCUCGUAUUCAAUUCCUCCGCGAAAAGCUUGACGAAGUAUGGGGCUACGAGCUAGCCAAACAGCAAGUCGAAGCUCGCAGAUCCGCCACCGCAGCCUCGUCCAACUCAUCACCCCCAACAUCAACACAAGCGCGGAGCCCGCUCGAGAACCUCGGUACAACCCAGUUCCUGCGCGGUCUCGAUGUGGCCGACAUUGGCUGUGGUGGCGGCCUUCUCUCGGAAUCGCUCGCUCGACUCGGUGCGCGCACCACUGGUGUCGAUGCGAGCGCGAGCAAUAUCGGCAUUGCCACCACGCAUGCUGCGCGCGAUCCGCUCCUCUCCCGCGAACACUCGCUCGGCGGCCCUGCCCUGACCUACUUGCACACGACCGCGGAAGACCUCGUCGCCCAAAACCGCACCUUCGACAUCGUCUGCGCCAUGGAGGUGCUGGAGCACGUCAACGGACCCGCCGAUUUCCUCCGCAGUCUCGAUCGGCUGGUCAAACCCGGCGGCCACCUGUUCAUGUCCACCAUCGCCCGCACACCCCUCUCGUGGUUUCUGACCAUCUUCAUGGCCGAAGACGUCCUCCGACUCGUAACGCCGGGUACGCAUACCCAUAGCCAGUACAUCAACCCCAAAGAGCUCGUCGACUUUUUCAUGGAGGAUCGAAAGUGGUAUGCCCACGGAACGGAGUUGCCCCAAAGGAUGCAUUUUGAGGUGAGGGGCACGGCGUAUUUGCCCUGGAAGGGAACUUGGUCGUUGGCCAGGUCAGGGACCAGUUUGCCCGGCACACAGGAGUGCAACUACUUCUUCUGGGCUAGGAAGCCCAUGGAGCCUUGA